AUGCAUCCCACCAAACUUGAGACCGCCGCCCCUUUCUCUUUCGUUGUCUUGCUCUUCUUCUUCUUUGCGAGUGACGAGGAGCCCAAGCCGCUUGGUCAUUCGCAGCUGCCAAAAUCGCUCGGCAAGAGCUCGGAAAUGCUUGCUCAUUCCACGCAUCACGCGCGGAACGGCUCUGACGCAACCGAGAUUCUCGCUGGACUUCCCGUUGCUCGCACGGGCGUGCUGCACAAGAAGAACGAUGUCGCUGCCGGCAAAAAGGCUGCCAAGCGUGAUUGGAAGCAGCACUUUGUUGUAUUGCAAGGCCACUUGCUGCUAUGCUACAAGGAUGAGGCAGAAAGCAAAUUGGGGAAAAUGCCAGACGCCGAGGACUUGAUUUCCAUCAAAUCGUGUAUUUGCGACAUUGCAUACGACUACACCAAACGAAAGAACGUGUUCAGGUUGCGCGCCUUCAACGGAGCGGAAUACCUGCUCGAGGCACAAGACAACGACGACAUGCUUGAUUGGAUCAAGAAGAUUCACGACAACAAUAAUCCCGACGCCGAUUCCGAGUCCGAGCACGACCUUAUUCGACGAAAGGCGGCGGAGCAAGGGCUGCAAUCUCGAAAACCUCACGAACCGACAACUGGUUCCAACUUGGCAGCGUCAGCCGCGCUGUCCGCCUCAAACGCCUCGCUCUCAGGAGCUGGUGCAACUGGUGCCAAGAAAACGGACGGCAAGGGCACUUUGGACAAGAAGCACGAGAAGGAGGAGAAGCGGUUCCAAGAAAAGGAGGAGAAACGACUAGACAAGGAGCACAAGGAGCAGGCGAAAGAGCGCGAGCGUGUUGAAAAGGAAGAAAAGCGCCUCGAGAAGGAGCGCGAAAAGCUUGCCGAGAAGGAGCGCAAAAAGACAGAGAAGGAAAAGUUUGCUACUCUGAAAAAGGCAGGCACGUCAAACGCUGCCUCCGCUGCAGGGUCGCCCCACUCACCUGGUGGCGGCUCCCUCUCGGCCGCUACUGGGCUGGGCACGCAAUCCAAAAAGACCAGCGGGCUACGGAAAAAGGUCGGCGCACUCUUCAACAAGAAGGAAGACACUGGCAGCGCCAGUCCUGCCCCUUCGUGCGAGUUUGCCACGUUCGGCGUCGCGCUCGACGAGCAUCUCGAGUUCCAAGAUCGUCUAAUUCCCCUCAUUGUGGAGCGCUGCAUUCAGGCCGUCGAGAAGCGCGGCAUGGAUGCCGUUGGUAUUUACCGCCUCUCUGCCAAUGCAUCCAUGGUGCAAGCUUUGAAAGAGGCGUUCGAACGAGAUCCCUUCUCGGUCAAUCUGGACGAAGAGCGCUGGGACGACAUCCACGGCGUCACUGGAGUUUUGAAGCUGUACUUGCGCGAGCUGCCAGAGGCGCUUGUCACGCAUGCUCUUUACGACAAGUUUAUUGAUGCCGCGCGCAUUUCACAGUACAACGACCGGUUGUAUGCGAUCAAGGACUUGGUGAACGAGCUACCAGCAGCUCACUUUGCGACGCUCCAGUUCAUCGCUGCUCACCUCCAUCGUGUCGCGGAGCGGAGCGAGCAAAACCUGAUGGCCGUCAACAACCUUGCCAUCGUUUUUGGCCCCACAAUUGUCCGGCCAGCCGAGGAAAAUGCCAUGUCCAUGUUGAACGACAUGAGCUUCCAGUGCUCGCUUGUCGAAACAAUGAUUUCCCAAUGUGACUGGGUGUUUGAGAAGCUCAGCGACGACGUUACUGCAGGCGGUGAAGGCGACGCUGACAAGAGCGCCGCGGACGAGCAGACGGAAACAUCGGAGGGCGCCACGGAGGCGAGCGACGACGCCGUCUACGAGGACAUUCCCGACCUUCCGGCUUCUGGCGAUCAAGCUGAAGAGCAGAGUGCCGAGCAAUCAGAGCCACAGGGCGAAGAAGACGUUGGCGAGUCUGCCGAUGGCUUGGCUGAAGCCGCUGAGGUUUCCGAACAAGAACAACAACCCGAGGAAGCAGAAAAUGCCGACGCCGCCGUUGAAUCGACCCAAGACGCUGUCGAGUCCACCGACGACGCUGUUGAGUCUACCGAAGACGCGCUACCAAGCGAGGAACAGGCUGCCAGCGACGAAGUUCUUGAGGGAUGAUGAUGUCUUGGAUGGAUUAUCUACCAUGUGCCAUUCUCAUGGUGGCGCUUGAUGGAUUUCCACCUCCUAUUUGUUGUGUUGUUGUGCGGAUCGAUGUGGAUGUGGAUGUGUGGUUUUGUGCAACCAAAGAAUACAGAGUUGCAACAAGAGCGC